GUGACUCAUGACAUACUUCUGGAUUUCCCCUGAUUUUCCCAUUCUUCAUGCAGGGGAUAAAUAGAAGUUGAAAAGUAUAUGCCCUCAAAUCGUAAGGAAAUUGAUUUUCUCUUUUACUACAUUUUAAGCCAUGAAAAUGCAGAUUUUACAGAUCGUUUUCUUUCUCCUGCUUCUGAUUUCCUGCUGUUCUUAUGGAAAAUGUGGACCAGUGGGGUCUUUUGUCCCAGAUUUCUGCUGUUUUAAAUUCGUCCAGAAGCCAAUUAAAUUUCGGCAGAUCCGUGGAUAUUUCCCCACCAGCAGCUUGUGUCCAAAACCUGGUGCCAUAUUUGUAACAUACAAAGGAAAACAAUUAUGUGUCAAACCACAGGACAAAUGGGUGACCAAUUACAUUAUUCAGCUGGACAUUACAAAGUUUAAUUUCUUUUAAUUUCUCUUGUGUAGGAGCUUCUGAAUUCUGUACAUAGAACACAUACUCAUAUUGUCUGUGCCUUGUACGCCUAAAAUGUUACAUUAAAAUAACAUAUUAUAUUAUAAAAAUGAUAUGAGCAGCAAAGGGGUCCAUACAGAUACGGUAUGGGAUUCGUUAUUCGGGAACCAGUUGUCCAGAAUUAUGGAUAGACCGUCUCCCUUAGACUCCAUUUUCCAAAUAAUCCACAUUUUUAAAAAUGAUUUCCUUUUUCUCUGUAAUAUUAAAACAGUACCUUGUACUUGAUCCUU